UACCGGUGCGGAGAGUGCAGCGACGAGGCCCCGGAGCUGUACAGGGACUAUCAGCGCGGGGUGCUGCGCCUCAGCAUUUGCAAAUCCUGCCAGAAACCUGUGGACAAGUAUAUUGAGUAUGACCCUGUUAUCAUCCUGAUUAAUGCCAUUUUAUGCAAAGCACAGGCUUACAGACACAUUCUGUUCAAUACGAAGAUAAAUAUUCAUGGGAAGCUCUGCAUAUUUUGUUUGCUUUGUGAAGCUUAUGUCAGGUGGCUACAGCUACAGGAUUCAAGCCAAAACAUAGAUCCUGAUGACUUAAUCAGAUAUGCCAAGGAAUGGGACUUUUAUAGAAUGUUUGGAAUAGCUUCUUUAGAGCAAACUGCAUUUUUGGUUGGCAUUUUUACUGCCCUAUGGGUAGCCAGGCCUGAGAUGCUGAAAACAAAGUCUGACUUCAUCUUACUUCUGAAAGCCCUGCUGUUGUCUAGUUAUGGAAAACUUCUGCUGAUUCCAGCUGUUAUUUGGGAACAUGACUACACCCCUUUGUGUCUCCAUCUCAUAAAAGUAUUUGUACUGACAUCUAACUCGCAAGCAAUUAGAGUUACAUUGAACUUAAGCCGAAAGUUUGCUUUGUUGGCCAUCCUGAAUGGAUUGCUUUUCGAAAGUGGUGUUGUCUAUUUGUUCCAGAGAACGGGAUUGAAUGUCUGAAAAAGCAGUCCAGCAUCCACUUGCUAAAUCUUCAAUUAUUUUGAAGGUCUAAAUUAAAAUCAACAUGGUUAUCAUUCUCAAAGGAUUACCUUCCUCCAGCAAACCCAAAUCAUUGCUUUCAUAAUGUGAUAAAGAAAAUCGUUGGAUAACAAACAUUUUCAUUGCCAGCAGUUGGCUGGAAACAGUUCUGGAAUUUUUAGUUUUAAUUCCUUACACAAAUACAGCUUUUGUAUGUGCUAAACCAUAAAA